AAAAGGGAGAAAAAUUUUAUACUGAUGAUAAUAUUAUUCGUUCAAGAUUACUCUGAAUGUAUAAUAAAAUACACAAAAUGUCGGACAAUCUUUGUUAUUUUUCUACGACUGAAUGGAACUUAACAAAUGAAAGAUGGGACGAAUUGACGAAGAAUUUAAAGUCUGCGGAUGACGAAUUGUUCUUUUGUAAUAUGAAAAAGCUCGAUUGGGAUAGUUACUUUCAAACUUAUAUCCUAGGGAUAAGAACGUACAUUUUAAAGGAUUCCAUUGAUACACUUCCGCAAGCUCAUAUAAAAUGGCAAAGACUCUAUUGGAUGCAUCGAAUAUUGAAAUUUGUCAUCGUCUAUUUCUUUCUUAUGGUCACCUGGGCUAUGGUUCCGGACCACUUUUAACGUUUAGAACAUCGUAAAAGAAGCAUAAUUGUGAAAGAAAAUAAAGAUAAAAUAAUAAUCAUAAUUUAAGUUUUCAUGUAUAUACAAAUCAAUUAUUUCUCAUAUUUGAUGGAUUUUAA